GACAGUUAAGUUAACCUCACAUUUCUUACCGGUAAAUAUAAUGAUAACAAUUUAAACUAUUAGUUAUUCGUAUUCCGUGUUAAUAUGGGGUUAUUAACGGAUCCCAGUGCGGGGCAAAGUGCCAUAGUGAAAUUAUUAACCAAAAUUUAUCCGGCAUUAUGUGUAAUGCUUUACAUUGGAGGUGUAAUUUAUUUCGGGUGUCUCGCCCACAGGAAAUUUAACGGGGGCACUUAUUUUUCCGAAAACGCCCUACUUCCCGGAUUGGUUAAGUCGGAAUUCCACGAUGAUUCGUUUGCUGUUCAAUAUCACCGUGAAUUAUUGGAUGAGAUGGAAACACAUCAAAAUUCAAUUCCGUACUCGUGGUUAUUGGCUAAAUUUCGACAACUUGGUUUGGAUGCUUAUACGCAAAAUUUUACUUUGAAUUAUCCAUUGGGAAAUCAACAGUCUUUUAGUGGUAAAAAUGUUUAUGGUAUUCUAAGAGCACCAAGAGCAGGGAGCACGGAAGCAUUGGUCUUGAGUGUUCCAUAUAGACCACCAACAAGUGUUCAUGAAACCACUGCCGCCUCAAUUAGUAUUAUGAUGGCUUUUGCAAGAUUUGCAAACAGAGAAAAAUAUUGGGCUAAAGACAUCAUAUUUCUAGUAACUGAACAUGAACAGUUAGGGAUGCAAGCUUGGUUAGAGGCUUAUCAUGGUGUUAGUUGUGGUAAAGAAGGCGUUCUUAUUGCUGGGGAUAUGAAAGGAAGAGCUGGUGCUAUUCAAGCAGCAAUAAAUUUGGAAUUUCAUGCACCACAAAUAUCUCGUAUUGAUAUUAAAAUUGAGGGAUUAAAUGGUCAACUUCCCAAUUUGGAUUUAUUUAAUUUAGCCUCAAAAAUGUGUUGGCGGGAAGGAGUGCCAUAUACGUUUAAAGGGCGUAGUUCUCAACAUCUUUCAAAUGAAUUUAACGAUUGGAGUUAUGCUUUUCAUACAAUGAUGUUAAUGGCUUCUACGCAAGCAACAGGAAUUCCAAACGGUAAUCACGGUCUUUAUUACCGCUUUGGAAUACAAGCUCUAACAUUGGAAGGUUUUGUAAAUAAAAGAGCUGAUGUUAAAUUCGUUCGAAUGGGACGAAUUAUUGAGCACAUCUUUAGAAGUUUAAAUAAUUUAUUGGAACGUUUUCAUCAAAGUUUCUUUUUUUAUUUGUUGUCAAGUAGUGAUAGAUAUAUUUCAAUUGGAUUGUAUAUGCCGGCUAUUGGUGCUCUAGUGGCUGUUCUUUUUGUAAAGGCCCAUGCGAAAUGGUCUCAACUUAAUAAAGAUGAUGAUAAAAAUACCGAUUCAGAAGACACAAAAUUAACAGAGGAACAAUUAGCUUUUAAGAGGGAUUCAAAAGUAAAAUUAUCAAAGUUGUCAAUACAAGAAUGGGAGGAUAAACUUUUAAAAGAUAUUCCAAAUAUCCCAGAAGACUCCAAGAUGCAUUUUGGUCACAUAGCUUUAAUAGUAGUAACAAUACAUGGUUUAGGGUUUUUCUUAAAAGAUUUAUUUCCUUAUUAUGUUACAAAAUUAGGGAUUGAUGGAGGUUAUUCGACUGAGUUAUCGAUUUACGUCGGUUUUGCGUUUAUUUCAUUUUUAACAAUUUUUAUUUCUCCAUUUUUAUAUCGACCAAAUUACCGUUGUAUGAUAAUGUUAGAAAUCAUCGCCUUAAUUGAAUUAGGAACGAUAUUUUUAUGUAUCGCGAUGUAUAACAUAUCUUUAGCGAUGUUUUGUGCAGUUUUAUACGUUCCUUUUACCGUUAUUAUGUUUCCAGGGCGUUGCAAAUAUUUUAGAUGGACCCAAAAAUGUUUAUGGUUCAUGUUGCACCCGUUCGUUCUUGUUAAUAUCAUUGUAACUGCGUACACUUUCUUAAUGUUUCCCGGUGACGAUUUUAAAGAGAAUUUAACGCGUGCUUUUGCGGCUAUUCAACACGCAAUGGUUUACAGUAUUGUUGAUUGUAUUAUUUAUGGAAAUUGGUUAUUUAGUGUUAUUUGUGUUACCAUUGUUCCAACGUGGUUUAUGUUUUGGCAUUUAUCUUUCUUUCGUCCAACUAAAGAGGAUGUAUUGUCGCUCCUACAAAGUGAAAAGAAUAAAUUAAAGAAAGAAUAGUGUGUAAUUAUUAUUAGGUAAAAUAUUUUUUUUAAUGCA